AUGACGGCCAUCACAAAAACAACACGCGGCCCCGACGGCACACAAUCAACCCUAACGUACCAUCUUCCUCCCCAGACAACCCCCUUCGCCCCCUCCCAAAGCCAAGCCAUGCCAUCCUCAUGUUCCUUCUCCGUAUACUGCCGCAGCCUGUCGUACUACGUAUACUCGAUGAACACAGCCGCGCACGACCCGCACCCCCUCGAGGGACAACACUGUCUCGCGGUGCAGGACCUCGCGUCCGAUCGCCGGGUCGGGUAUAACGCCGAGUGCUGGCCGGAGAACUACUUCUGCGCUAUUCGACAACGAGUGGGGCGAACUGAACGGCGCGCCGAAGAGCGGCAACGAAGGGAGCGCGUCGACGGCUGCGUUUCCCGGGGAUAA